CUGGUCAGGCUAACAUGCUCCCAGCAGUGAACUUUGUAUUGACACUAAGGCAUGUGUACUAAUACUCUGUUAUUGCAUGAUCACCACUGGCUUCAAAGGAGUGCAAGUGAUACCUGCCAGAGAAACAAGGGGACACACUGCACAGAUAUGUAUUAACUACACCCCAUGCUUCAUUAAUCUGAGCAAUUGGUGGCAUGGACAUAAAGAGCCUGCAUUAGCUGGCUAAACCUAUGUGUAAUAUCUUCUAAUCUGAAUUUAGCUAGUAUUUGAAGGAAAUUACCCUUUGUAUUGAUGCAUUAGUGCUUGAACAGUUGCAUUUGGCAUUUCAAAAGAAAUAUGAUUAAAUCACAGUUGCUGCCUGCUGAGUUUAAUUGUUGUGUAAUAACUGCUUUCCAGAAGCACACAGACUUAGAAAAAGAAAAUGGGACUUUUCUUAAAGACACAGAUUCCUACAAUUUUGAGAAAACAAAUUCAGCUCUCUACCACAAUGCCAAAACUGAAUGCGAUGGGCAGUGGAGCUGCAGCGGAGUAAUCCUCAACAGGCGUUUGGGCUUGGUGCUUUGCCACGCAUCUGUAUUUUUCCCUUUUUUGAAAAAAAAGGAAGCAGAUUUUGUUUGGACUGAGCCAACUCAUAUUUUAGGCAACGAGUUCCCAGCAGAUCUUACAAUACAAAUAGAAUGCCCUGCAGAAUCCAGAAUGGAAAAUCACUUCAAAGACAAAGUUCUAGAACACAAACUGGGACUUGGUCUAAUUCCAAUGGCAAAUCAAGCUAGUUUAAGGGCUGAGCGAAAACAGCAUCAGGGUCAGCUCCUCAUGCUUGUUCCCUGUCCAGAAUUCCAGAAGGCAUUUUCCAGGUUGUUUAACAAAUCGGAGGGGUGGGCAUUUUCAAGCGAAGAGGAGAAAGAAGAGUAUGGCGAAAUGAAAAAGGAUCUUGCUUACCUGCAUUGGUUUGCUGUUCUAAAACUGCAAAAUCCUCUGACCAUUUCAUGUCCUAAAAUAAGUAUCAUGGAUGCUAAAAAAUUGCAAAAAGGAAGUUCAGUGUUUGCUUGUGGUUCCCCUUUUGGCUCUUUUUACCCUGACAUUUUUCUAAAUACCAUUAGUAAAGGGGUACUCAGUAACAUAGCAGGAGACCGGAAUGUUGUUCUUCUAACCGAUGCCCGCUGUUUGCCAGGUUCAGAAGGUGGUGGGAUAUUUUCUGUUGAUGAUGGUGUAUUACAGUUGGUGGGAAUUGUAGUGGCACCACUUUGCUGGAAGACAAAUGAAUGGGUUGGACUUACAUUGGCUUGUGCCAUUAGCCAUAUUCUAGAAAACCUUAUGAAAGCUUUUGCAAUGUCUGGUAUGAAUGUAAAGAACCAACUGACUCAAUUAAUGCCAACGGAAAGUUGUGUAACUGAACUUGAGAGACCACUACAACCAAUAGAACAACUAUUAUCCUCCGUUGUUUUAGUAGACUCUGGCCAAGUUUGGGGAUCUGGGGUGUUGUUGAACUCAAACAUUGUGUUAACCUGCCGCCAUGUGCUAAGGGGUGCAUCCAAAGUGUCUGUGAAGAUUAGACCUCCUACAUCAGAGAAGUAUCGGGCAAUUACAGGAAAAGUGUUGUUUGCAAGUAGCGAAUCAUCUCCUUAUGACAUUGCAGUUGUGAAAUUAGAAGAAGUUUUUCAUGGAAUUCCAAACCCAGUUUUGUCAUCUCACUACAAUGUCGGUGAGGACGUGUGUGUUGUUGGAUAUGGGGCUUUUGGGGAGAACUGUGGUCCUUCAGUGACUUCUGGGAUCCUGUCGGCAGUAAUUUGCACAGAAGAGUCCCCAGUCAUGCUUCAGACAACCUGUGCUGUUCAUGGAGGCUCUAGCGGAGGUCCGUUGUUCGCAACACAGUCUGGGGAACUUCUUGGCAUUGUUGCAAGUAACACAAGAGAUAACAGCACAGGAGCUACAUAUCCCCACCUCAAUUUCAGCAUUCCGCUCACAGUUCUCCAGGCUGCUUUACACCGAUAUAUAGAGCAUGGCGAUGUGCAAGGCUUUCAGAUGCUUAACAGGGUCAGGCACAGUGUGAGAGAUGUGUGGCGUCUACAGAGGAAACCAGAAAAAGCUUUUCCUAGCAAACUUUAAGCAACGAAUAAGUAAGCUGUUACGUGUGACAUUGAAAUAUUCAAUGACUCCCAAACCUCUUUAAACUGGACACCACUGAUGAUUCAUACAUUGUGUAUGUCAGGUAUGCCAGAUUAUGAUGACUUUUUAGCUUGUCCUAGGUGAAAGAUGAACUAGCAAAGAUGAACUGAAAUUGUGUAAACCUGAUCUAAGACGACUCCAUUUUGUUUAAUACAUAAGGUAAACUAAAGAGGCAUAACAAGGCACAUUCUGUUCUGAUGUCACUGAAUAAAAGUGACAUCAUAUAAGUGUGUGUGUGUGUGUAUAUAGGAAGGCUUGGCCUGAAGUUGUGGUAGGGGCUAUGUGCCUUUAAAAGGGGACUCCCCCCUUCCCUACAUUCCCGUGAUUGGUUCCAGACGUACUGCUGGCCCACCCUCCACUCCCUCUAUUCAACGUUAUCUAAGGUAGGUCCACUUUAUUUUAAGGCCUACCACAUACGUCGGUAUUGGCACACCUCAACCGACUUUGCUUAUUAAAGGUAGAUGACUUUAUCUCUAUCUCUAUUUCAUUUCAUUACUGAAAUGGCCCCGAACACAAAUAAAUAUAUACGAUACCAGUAGAGAGCACUCAGGAGUCUGUCAAGGUAAAUUUCAUCUGUUGCUUUAUUGAGCAAUUACAAAUUCAGACAACGUUCCAGUCGACGUUUCAGUCUGUAAAAGACUUUUUUCAAGACAAUUGUGUA